AUGUCCGAACAAGCACCGAAGCCGAACACAAUGGCAGAUGUCCUUUCAAUGUUGCCAGACAAGCGCCCAGUUCAAAUUCAAAUUUUGAAUUUGAAAGCUCAUCUGACAAACACCGUUAAGACUCUCCAAAGUAGUCUUAUGGAAGAGAUGAAGGGACUUAAAGGUGAGUUCCUCAUGAACCAAGCUUCCAAUGAGAAAGUCCUGAAUGAUUUGACGGAAACCUUGCGCAUUUACGCGAGAGAGAACCGAGACCUUGCCAGACUCAUCUACCGUUUCUUCGAAGAGAUAGACGCCAUCUGGAAGGUACUCGGAAAGGACAGAACCUCCAACACCGUAUUCGUGAGUACCAAAUUGAAGAAGGUAUUAUCAAAGAAGAGGAAGAAGAGGAAGAAGAGGAAGAAGAGGAAGAAGAGAAACACGAAGAAGAGGAAGUUUGGGCAACCCUUGUUGCCGAUGA